AUGCAUCUCGACCUGAGUGGGCAGUUCGGAGACGAGGAGACAGUAGAUGUGGAGGGCGCGUCACGCAUCGGGUCAGCAGGCUUCUUUCGUGUGGCCUCGCACCGGGCCAUCUACAUCCACCAUCUGCUCUCCUUUGGCUUCUCUGUGCUCUACAGCGAUAUCGACAUCGCCUUCCUCCACAACCCCCUCCCCUUCUUCCAAAAACCCGACCCUAUCCUUCCCACUGAUGCUGCUUCUGCUUCUGCUUUUGACGCUCAUACCAACGACUUGGACUUUGACUUGUUUCUAAGCUUCGACCGCUAUAAGGAGCAGCCGUCGCCGUAUACAGAGCCAAUCGAUCCAUACUACCUCAACGGAGACCGAACCUUCUGCACCUGCCUACUCUUCUUCCGCCCCACUCUCGCCGCCAAGAGCCUCGUGGGCAACUGGGCGUUUCGCUUGGCGAAGCUGGGUCGGCAGGGGGGGAUGGACCAGACUCAGUUCAAUCUGGUGAUGCAGUGGAUGCACCAAAGAAAGGUGCUGCCUCGGAUUGGUGUGCUGCCGCCGCUGCAGUUCCCGUCUGGGCAGCUGAUGGCGCAGCAUUGGGAGGAGUUUGAGGAGGUGCAGCCGAGAGUGGUGAUGGUACAUGCGAAUUAUCUGACUGGGAAGGAGGCGAAGAUCAAGGGGUUGAAGAAGGCGGGUCUGUGGCGGGUGAAGGUGAAAGAGCAGGGCAAUGCAACAGUCGCUGGUUCUGCUGCUUCUGUGGCUAGGGUCCGUGAGAAGGAUGAGGGUGCAAGGAUGGUGGGAGUGGGGAUAGAGGAAAGCAGCACAGGGAGCAGGAAAGAGGGCAAGGACCAGACACGGGUGGGAAGCGCUGGUGGAAGAGGUGGGGAGCGGGAAGGGGGUUGGGAGGCGAGGGUACUAGCAGCAGUGGAGCCGUGGGUGGGGGAGCAUUUGCAGAAGAUGGAGGAGGGGGCGAUGGGUGUUGUGAUAUCUGCUGGGUUGGUGAUUGUUGCACGCACCCUCCCCUUGUUGCUCCCAUCACCGACCCCUCCCCCAUACCUACCCGGUUCCUCCACUCCACCAUCACCUCUCAUCCAUCUUGCCAGACAGACAUGUGGGUGUGACCCACAUAGGUCACACCCCACCUUCCCUUACCGGCCUCUUGUUGCUCCCAUCACCGACCCCUCCCCACGUAAGGCACACCCCUUCUCCCCAUCACCUCGCAUCUGCAGGCCAGGAGUUGCGGUUCCGCAACUGGCUCGAUCAAAUCAGCCUCAUUCCUCCUCCCCUUGCCGCCCUCUUGUUGUUACUGCCACCCUGCCAUCACCAACCCCUUCCCAUGCCAGUCCUCCCCAUCACCUCCCAUCUGCAGGCCAGGAGAGGAGUUGUUAUUCCGCAACUGCCUUGCUUGCCCACAUGAGGCUCAUCCCUUCCCUUACCAGCCUCUCCUUGCUGCAUCACUCACGUGUCCCUCGUCAUGCCUGGUUGCCCACCGUCAUCCCCCCCACACAUUCAGGCCAGGAGUUGUUAUUCCGCAACUGGCUGAACCACAUCACCCGCAUUCCUUCCCUCGGGAGCGCUAUCCUCGCCUCAGUGCCUCCUCAGAUGCGCACGCCAGGCGGCCAUGUGAUUACUCGCUCCCAUGAAAGCGUGUCUCCCCGAGUGGCCAGAGCCACAUGCCUGCUGCUGCCGCCCCUGUUGAGCCACCUCACAUCACAACGACAUCAACUCGCUGUGGCUGCGGGACGCACGCCCCUACUUCCCACCAUCAUUCUAUUUUCCCAUAGCUCUCUCUUCACUCUUUCUUCCCCUUCGCCCCCAUUCGUGCCACCCUGCACCCUCCCCUCCAUGUCCUCCCCUCCAUGUCCUCCCAGCGACAUCAACUCGCUGUGGCUGCGGGACCCACGCCCCUACUUCCCGCCAUCCCACUCCCUCGUGCUGCCCUCCCUCUCCCACCAAGACCAACCACAGCAGCAGCAGCAACAGCAGCAGCAGGCAGAGGCACCAGCAACACAAGGGGCACAAGGGGCAGCAGGGAAGGGGAUGGGAAACGGUGCGGAGCAGGAAGGUGAGGGUGGGGGUAGCACACGGAAAGCAGAGGCACCAGCGAUUCAAAGUGCAGAAGGGGCAGCAGAGAAGGGGCAAGGAAACAGCACAGAGCAGCAGGUGGGAGAGGGUAGGAACAGCACACAGCAAGCAGAGCCACCAGCAACGCAAGAGGGAGAACGGGCAGCAGAUAAGGAGAUGGGAAAAGGUAUGGAGCAGAUGGGUGAGGGUGAGGGCAGCACGCAGCAAGCAGAGGCACCAACGCUGCACGGGGCACACGGGGCAGCAGAAAAAGGGCUGGGAAACAGUACGGAGAAGGUGGGUGAGGGUGGGGGCAGCACUCAGCAAGCAGAGGCACCAGCGCUGCCACACGGGGUGAAGGGGCUGCAAAAGAGUACAGAGAAGGUGGGAGAGGGUGAGGGUGGGGGCAGCACGCAGCUAGCAGAGGCACCAUCGUCGCACGGGGCACACGGGGCAGCAGAGAAGGGGCUGGGAAACAGAACGGAGCAGGUGGGUGAGGGUGGGGGUAGCACUCAGCAAGCAGAGGCACCAGCAGCGCAACGAGCAGAAGAGAGGGAACUGAGAGAGACUGCAGAGAACAAGGGUGGCAGCAGCACACAGCAGGCAGAGCCUUCAGUACCUUCCAACACCACCUCCCUCACACCCUCCCUACUGGGCAGCACACAGCAGGCAGCGGCCCCUGCACCCCCUAACACCACCGCCCUCGUGCCAUCCUUUCUAGGGUCCCUCUCUCCAUGGCUCAUGGCUCUUCGCCCCUCCCCUGCUGUGCAAGCCAUGGUGCACCGCUGGGCUGACAGGGCUUUAAGAGGUUAUCAGAUUGCAGAAGCAGCAAGGGAGGGUGGUUCGGGUGUCUUUUCUGGUCCGGAGGUUCUCAAACGGGCACUCAACAAUGCUGUGGCUGAGAUGGUUCGGGAAGCUAGGCUUGUGGGAGUGGAGGAGGAUGGGAGGAGUGGAGGUUCGGCAGGAGGCUUGGAUUUAAGUACGGGAGCAGGCAUGGAUGCAGGUAGGGGAGGAGGCACAGGAGAUACAGGAGAGGAGCCAAGGGGAGCAAGCGUGGUGGUGCUUCCAGAGCAGUUAUUCCCGCCUGGGUGGAAGGUGGUGGGGGAUAGGGCAUGGUUGGAGGCGCAUAGGAAGGAGAUAGUGGCCGUGCAGGUGAGCUGUGGGGAGGACAGCAGGCAGCAGGAGGUUUGUCUGCGAGACAUGAACUUUUGGUUGUAA